AUUGCUCCAAUUCGAUUUGUACAUGUUUUUAUUUGGUUUCCUUGUUCAAAUAUCGAAGUCAAUAGCAACCUUUUGUGAAAUCUGAGACACUUGCAUCAAACAUGAUGGUAAUCCCAGUAAGUUUAUGCAAAUCAGCUGCUAAGAAAAUUGUUGAAGAACUUAGCACUGUACUUACAAACAAAUAUAAUCUAUACUCUUCUUUCAAACACGAUUUCAUCAAGCUAAAGAAUGACAUGUCAGCGAUUUCAGCAGUUCUUCUAGAUGCAGAAAAGAAGCAGGAAAAUAAUCACUUGGUUGAGGAUUGGUUGAUGAAGCUCCGGGACGCUCUGCACGAUGCAGAAGACUUGUUGGAUGAUAUAAAUGUUGAAUUUUUGAGACAGAAAGUGGAGGCUGAAUUGAAAAUAGUUACUUGGGUAAGAAACUUUUGUAUACUUUCGGAUAUGGAUGAUAGAAUUAAGAAAAUUAUAGUGAGAAUCAAUGAGGUAGCGAAUAUGAUAAGUAGUCUUCAUUUGCGGGAACUUGAUCAAUAUCAAGUGAAUGCUAGUAAUAGACAAAGGGUGAUGAAUUCAAUAUCAUAUAUGAGAUGUUGCAGAGAGGUUGUUGGAAGAGAAGAAGAUGAGAAAAAAGUGAUUGAAAGGUUAUUAGAAAAAAGUGAUAGUUUUGUUGUUGUUCCUAUUGUGGGAAUAGGAGGGUUGGGGAAAACAGCACUUGUUAAUUUAAUUUUUGAUGAUGAUAGGAUAAAGGAUGGUUUUGAUUUGAGGAUUUGGGUAGAUGUGUCUGAUGAUUGGAGUAUAGAAAGGAUUUGGGAAAAGAAAGUUGUUAGAGGAUUCGAUCGUUCUUCGGAUAAGAAUGUUAGCGGCGUAGAUUUCUUUUCGUGUCUUAAUGAUUAUGUGAGGGGGAAGAAAUUUUUACUUGUUCUAGACGAUGUUUGGAAUUGUAAUCGCGUAGAAUGGCUUGAUAUGAAGAAAAUGUUGUUAGGAAAUUGUGCAAAAGGGAGUAGAAUUGUAGCGACAACGCGCUAUAAAAGUACUGCAUCAAUUAUGGGUGAAAAUAAGAAUGAAAAUAGUUUGUAUCAACUAGGUGCUUUGGUUGAUGGUGAUUGUAGGUAUUUGUUUGAGAAAUGGGCGUUCGCAGAAGGAGAAAGAGUGCAACAUCCUAAUCUUGUUAAAAUCGGACAAGAGAUAGUGAUGAAAUGUGGUGGUGUGCCUUUAGCAAUACGCAGCGUGGGAGGCUUACUAUCUGGAACUAAAGAAGAAUCUUAUUGGAUGUCAGUGAAAAACAGCGAUACUUGGAGUAUGAGUCAUUUGCCUGAAAAGGAAGAUGGUAUAAUGUCGGUUCUCAAGUUAAGUUAUGAUCAAUUACCAUCCCAUUUUAAAGAUUGCUUUGCAUAUUGUUCUUUAUUUCCUAAAGGUUCGACUUAUCUACGUGCGUUGGAUUUGAGCAACAUCGGCUUAACACAUUUUCCAAAUAGCAUUGGCAACAUGAAACAUUUGAGGUAUCUAAAUCUAAACGGAAACAAUGAACUUCGAAUCCUUCCUGAUUCCAUUUGCAGCCUGCAUUUUCUACAAACUUUGAAGCUAUCAGGAUGCAGAAGAAUUAGCACCUUCCCAAAGAACUUCAGUCACUUAGUUUCUCUUAGAUAUUUGGUGAUAACCUCUCCAAACAUUUUGGAGAAACAACUUGGUACUUUAACAUCUCUUCGGUCGUUAACGAUCGAAUGUAGAAACCUUGUGUCUUUGACAGAAGUAAUUCAGAACCUCACUUCCCUUCGUACGUUGCGAAUCCACAACUGUGCUAAAUUAAAUUCACUGCCAAGUAGUUUGAAAAACUGCACUGCCCUUGAGAAUUUGGAAGUUGUAAACUGUCCUAUGAUUGAAUCAUUGGAUGUGUGUAUGCAAGGUCUUUCGAGUCUUCGUUCGUUAACUAUCAAAGGUUUAAGCAAACUAAGAACUCUACCAAUCAAGCCUGAAUGCUAUGCAAGUAGUCUUCAAUAUCUGUUCGUUAUAGACUGCAUUUGUCUUAUGAUACUACCUGAUUGUGUGAGGACUCUUUCGUCACUUAUGCGUCUACACAUUCGAUAUUGUCCCAACCUUUUUGACUUACCAUGUGGGUUUGGACAACUUACUUCUUUACAAGUUCUGCAAAUUGAUGGUUGUCCUGUUUUAAGCACAAGAUGCAGAAGGAUUGUUGGCGAGGAUUGGGAAAAGAUAGCUCAUGUACACGAAAUAUAUGUUGACAAUGUCAGAAUCUAGCUCACCUGCACUAAAGUCUUCUUGCAAUUUGGGCCCUGAAAUUAUUGUGUGGGUUGAGUCUUUUCUUGCAGCCUCAGCAUGCCAUGAAUGCCUCUCCUAGCUGCUGUGAUUAGCAUUUGCUGCUAUUGUGGCCCUUGUGAUUGCUACUUAUGCUAAGGCUGAAAAAGAACCUGUCAAAUUAUUGUGUGCUAAUUUCUCAAAGAGAAAAGUUCUGUAUGAAUCUCUAUUAAUGUUACAACUAAAUGUAUUUAUAUAUUCAUAUCUCAAAUCUAAGUACUUACAAUUCAUUGAUGUUUGUAAAGUUAUUGAGCAAUUUUAGUUACAAACUUUAAUGGCACAAAUGAGA